CAGCCAGUCCCUGUCAAAGUAAUUCCUUCAUAUUAGCACAUAUCCUACAUACUACCUAAAAAAGUACUGUGUGCAACAGCUCUGCAAGAGAAGUCUUGGUCAUUUUAUUCUGUCCAUUGCACAUAGAUUGGUUUAUUAUAAAAUGCUGCUUAACUCAGGCUGGCAUUAAGUUAUUAUUGUCAGAAGGGACUGACUUUCGCACCGUGUUUUGUUUACGUGAAUUUUCUCAUAAGAUGACUCCUGAUGGCCUAAACUCAAAGCUGUGUCUGACACAGCAAAAUAAAAAAAGCCCUCAUAUGAGCAACAAUCAAACAGGCUCACUGUACAGACUGGCUCUGAUGGUUGUUUGUCUUAAGCCAUUUUUCCUCCUGCUGAGCAUGAAAGCUGGAUGGGAUAUUUGUUACAGUUUGGAUGAAAGUUAUAAGAAGAAGACACGCUUUAAAAAUCAUGCAUUAUGCAUUCCCCAAAGGGCAAAUUUUGACAGAUGUUUGCAGAACAGCUUUGUCCACAUGAAAAGAGAAAUUUGUUUGUGAGUUGUAGCUGAGAUUUCUGGCAUACUGAAGAAAAUAUUAGGUAAAUGAAAUAUAAUAUGAUCUCUGGAAAACUAAUUCAAUCCCUGCAAAAUGGCAUAGGCAUCUUAGAUCCUUUGCCCUGCGUGUUCUUAGAUAUGGACAUGUCUUUUAGAGGCAUAUUUACUAACAUAGCUACAUAUAACUAUGGGGAAAAAAAUUCAGGAUAAACAUAAUAUUUUGGGUUUUGCUGCUGAAUUACAGGAGGGCAUUAUUUUCUCUUGCAAAAGAUGUUUUUCUAAAGGGGAUAAAUAAGGAGGCACUGAAGCACCACACUUUCACAAGCUGUUAUCGUGGUUGCCACGUUGAUAUUUUGGGAUGAGCUGUGAUCUUUGUUCCAAAAGCUCAUACAAAGUCCCACUUGAUGUUUGUCGACUGUGCUUUUGAUUUAAAUUGUAAAUGACAGAUUAAAAAAAAAAAAAAAAUCCACCUGACAAGGCUGAUUUCUGCAAGGCUUGAUCUGAAGAUUUUCUGUGCCAGUUUUGGAAAAAGACUGGAAAAAGGGCGAGUUAUCAAAAAUAUUCUAACCAAUCCAUAAAGUCCAAUAUGGCUGUUACAUUAAUUAGUUAAGCAUCAAUAUUCCAUGGAAAUUAUGCCACAGAAUAUAUGUGAGAUGAUCUAUAGUGUAAUGGUUUACAGAUUUGCCUAAAACAAUCAAAAGAUGCCAAGUUUGAUACAGGGAGGAGAAAUAAAUCCCUCUGGAGUUGAGUCAAGAAGGGCAUUAAAAUAGCUUUGUUCUACAAAAAAAAAAGAUUGUAUACAUCUGGGAUAUUGUCCUCCCACUGUAGACUGCAUUCGACUAAGGAUCUGGCGUCUAUAUGUAGGAAGACUCAGAAGUGUUGGUAUUUAAUUUUGGACAAAGCGUUUGAAGGCUACAGGAUUCAACAAUGGCUGGCAAGAUAUGAGGUGCUAAAAUGUAACUUCAUUAAUGAAGUGAAAUUUUUUGCUGUGAGCACCAAAGUAAAUUAAAAGACUGAUAUAGCCUAUAUAUCAGCUAUUUCUAGGUUGAUAUGAAGGCUUCUAACCCUCCUUAAAUUCAUUAUCUGUAAUUAAUCUGUAAUUUGUAGUUCUUUAUAAGUGUCAUAUGAAUGUAAACUGCAUUUUCACAAAAAAUGUGCUUUACAAACAUAUAACGGAUUGAAAACAGAGUGAGCAGUAGUGGCUUGCUAUGCAUACAGUUAGGGUAAACACACAGCAUUAUUUUUGCUUUCUCAAAAUAGGGUCCAGUUUUUUUAGGCCUGCGGCUCUUAAAUAAAUGCAACCCAUAGAUACCUGAGUAAUUUUAGAGUGUCAGCUUCUUUGUUCACAGAGUGUUUAAGAUAUCUGACCGGUCCCUUUGUAUUCUGUUCAUCACUUUAUUAAAAAUGUAAAACAUUUAUUAUGAAGAACAAAUCUACACCAGUGACUAUGAGGCACAGAAUAACGAUGGGCACUCAGCGAGGUGGAAGACGAAAGGACUACAACUCCCGCGAAGCAACAGAACGGGAAGCCCAGACUGCGCAAGCGCAGGGCAAACGGUCGCGCGGAUGAUUUGAGUUUUGUUUGAAUGGCCGAAGACGAAGGGGGUUACCGUGUUUUUAAGUUUUGGCAAUGUAGAGAUGGCAGCAACGCAAAAUCUGUCGGAUUCAGACCAAUCGUCUGUAAACGACCAAUCUGCGUCCAAUCGGAGCGGUAACAGAAGUUUAAGAGUUGCAGAAAAGGAGAGGAGGAAGAACGAGGCGGAGGACCCGUUUGUUUUAGCUCUGAAAUACUUCUCUGACGUUGAAGCAGGGACUCCUGUUCUGGGGAAUGAUGAGCUGGAGAAGAACCUGGUGCAAGUGGAAAAGGUGGCCUAUAGUCAGGGACUUCCCCCAGAAGCAGUUUCUAUUAUGCUGGAGUUUGCCAUGAGCCUCCGUAUGGGGACUUCUCCAUGUGUCCGGGUGCUCAAGUGUCUGAUUCCUGCCUCUGUGGUGCCACAGGAGGCUGUUGUUCGAGCAGUGGUUUGGCUCAGCGUUGGCAAGAUGCCCAUCAGCACUCAAGUUCUUUUCAUAAAGUGGGUAUUGACUGUAUUUGAUAUGAUUGAUGCAAAGGACCAGCUACGAGCAAUUUAUGGCUUCAUCUUCAACUUUGUCACAGAUGAAAAUCUGUGUCCUUUCAUCUGCCAUCUCUUGUACCUUUUGACCCAAAAGGAAAGCGUGCGAGUCUUCAGAGUCAGGAAGCUACUGGAACUACAAUCUAAACUGGGAAGACAGCCUUUCCUCCUGCACCUACUGUCACUUUACAAAGUGUUUUGCCCUGAACUGGUGACACUCUCCAUUCCAUCACGGAUGAAGAGUGGGUUUAGGAACCACAUUUCUCCCUGGCAAUCAGCAUUGAUUGCUGUCCAGAAGAGGAACGGUUUGCAAGGCGCUUCCAGCAUGAGUCUGGUCACAAACAAGGAUAAAACCAACCCAAGAAAAAGGAAACACUGCCACCUGGAAUUUCCUGCUUUGAUUCCUGCACUGAACAAAGAAGCUCAGUCUGAGCAGUCCUCCAGCAGAAGGAUGGUCCCACUGGUGGAGCUCCACUCUUUUGCUCAGCUGUUGGAAAAUAUGCAUCGUAUAGAGCUGCCUGCUCAGAUGGGCUCGCUGCUGGGUUCCAGUCUGGCGCUGCAGUACCUGGACUGUGUGCAGGAUGAGUCUGCCCUCCUUCGCCUCAAUUUCUGGUUAGGCUACGCUUUUCACGAAGAGUUUUUAUUCUGUGGCGAUGGAGGACCCAGUCAGACUUCAGAAGAAGCUCUCCAGUUUUUGAACAAGUUGCUGUCUGCACAGCACUUUCUGCAGGAGGGCUUUUCCAGUUCAGAGGUUUUCCUCUAUAAAUUUCUGAAUGUUUGGGACGGCUCACUACUCCGUCCGCAGAUCCUCGGCCUGCUGAGCAACAUUCCGGUUGUUCCAAGUUCCCAGAUCAGAAGGCUUCUGUUUGAGCCUCUCAUGCAGCUUUUCUUCACAUCCUCGCUGUUUUUCAAGUGUGGACUGAUGGAGUGUCUUAACAAUAUGCUGUUGAAGUGGUUGACCUGGCACUCCAUUUAUGCUCUGGAAGACGACCUGGACAUCAGCCUCAACAGCCACACGUCCAUAAACAUGACUCUGUCGGGGUUUAAGGAUUCGGUGAUGGAGCUGAUUCACUUUGUGGGUCGACUGGCCUCUGUGGGCCUUCAGCUUGAAGGCUGUCACUGUCUCCUCCUCAGCUUCGUCCUGGACUUCUAUGAGACGGUUUGUGACACAUUUCUGAAGUAUGGCCUCCCUCUCAUAGUGAUGCCUCCAGCUGGAGUCUUUUACCCAGCCCUGUUUGCCACUGACCCCGUCAGCGUGGACCGACUGGCCUACAUCAUGCACAGGUACAAAGUGAACUUGACAUCAGCCAAGAGCCAAGAGAAAGUGACAGAGCAGGCCUUUCACAUCAGCCGCCAGACUUUCCGUGAGUUCAACCACUACGUCGUCGUCAUGGUCAACUGCCUGUGGAACUCCAGAAUGUUUCAUCCAGGGAUGGGCGUACAGCUGGGAGAGGAGCUGCUUCUCAAGAGUAACGUGCCACAGUACGGGUCGAGCUUCGACCUCGUCCACCAUCCCGCCUUCAUGAGCUACGCGGUCAACUUUCACCAGAAGUGUUGGCCGGAGAAAAAGGACAUGGACCUCAAUUCCAUAAAGCACUCCAAGCCAUGGACUUGGUACCUGGAGUAUUUGUUCACUCAGGGCUAUGACGGCCUUAAACAUUUUGUUCAGAGUAACAUCAGCUGGCAGCUGAAAGCAGACGAUGGUCAGGUUGACGCACAGCAGAGGUAGAAGCUGAACCCGGCGGAGAAGAAAAAAAAAAGCGCCAACUCGCUUCUUAUAUCCCCCCUUUUUAAAAAAGACUUGUACAUAUUUUUCCCCUCGCCUCUUCCAAGUGUGCGAGUAGUUUUUAUGUAAAUACAUUUAUCUGUCCUUAUUGUCUUGUACAUUUAACAAUGAUGGCAUAAUGUGUUUUUUUUCCCCUUGUACAGCUUGUCAGCUGCAAACCUAUUAAUUGCACUCUUGAAAAAUAAA